UUUUCCUUAUUUCCUUCUACCAACAUUCCUCUCAUUUAUAUUUAUAUAUAUGGCAAACCCAAUUUCUCAUCAUCAACGAACAAUCAAAUUCAAGAAACUCAUCUACAACCAAAUCCAUAAAAAAUCAAUCUUGUUUUGUUAUUAUGGGCAACUAUAUUUCUUGCACUUUAUCAGGACCAGGAGGCAACAAACAAUCAAGAGGGGUAAAAGUCAUAUUACCAACUGGUGAUAUCAGUCAUUUUUAUCAACCAAUCAAAGCAGCAGAGCUUAUGAUGGAAACUCCCAAUUUCUUUCUUGUAAACACCAGGUCACUUCAUAUAGGAAGGAGAUUUUCUGCAUUGAAUGCUGAUGAAGAUCUUGAAAUGGGAAAUGUUUAUGUUAUGUUUCCAAUGAAAAGAUUGAAUUCUUUUGUCUCAGCAGGUGAUAUGGGUGCGUUGUUACUUACUGCUAACUCUGUUUCUAAAAGGGUGUCAAUUGGAAAUUUCAGAAUCUUGCCUGAAUGUGCAGAGUCGUCUAGUGUGGAAACUGAACAGAUUCAGGGGAAUUAUUAUGAAAAAACAGCUUUGCCCAAGUUGAAUUUGGAUGAUAUUGAAGAGUUUUCAAGUGAAGAAUUUAAGCAUAGGUUGUCUAUGUGUAGGUCAAAGAAACCAUUAUUGGAAACUAUUGCUGAAGAACCAGUUUCUUCAAGAUGAAGAUUUUGAACAAAUCUUAUUAAUUCAACUUCUCUUUGAAUUUUAGUAAGGAGAAACUAUUCUUUUGUUAAAGAUUAGAAUAUAAUACAAUUCGUUUAUGAUUUACCUUCAUUAUAUAUAGUCUCAGAUGAAAGGAAAAUUGUAUCAUUUAAUUCACAAAUUUUGUUAUUUUUAUUCAAU